AUGGACGCGCGUCGUUCUUCUUCCAAAAAAGUCGGGUACCGUGCUUUGCAGAAUGAGCUCCUUAGAACGUUUUGGAAACAGUUCUUUGAAGCUAGUGCGAACGUUGCCCUUUCAGGUUAUGAGGAACCGGUCAACACAAUCUCUGAAAGAGAAGAGGAAGCUCAACAACAUGCUUUCCCUCCGUCAUCCACGCCUCCACCGCAGCCUUCUUCUUCUUCUGUGAUGCAACAAGAUCACAAUGAAUUUUCCGCAAGUCUUCUACCAUCUUCCUCUGCACACCUGCAAGAGGAAGAGUCUGUCGGUGACUCGUCCGUUUUGGCGACAAAGUUUCACCAGUCAACACCUAAGGAACUGCCUUCAGAUGAUAUAUGUAUGCAAGCGACAAGUCUUACACCAAUUCCCGCUCGCUGCUUAACACCGACAGCUAAACGAACACUUCCAACGCAAGAAGGAACCAUUGGGCGAAGUGCAUUGCUCCACAGAGUUUUGGAUACCAACUGGCGUGUACAAGCAACACCUCUACAACGGAACCAAACCACGCAAGCUGCGAUGAAUAUUGAUUCGUCUCCCAUGUUUUCACCGUCUCCUACAAGUGCCCGACAGGAUGGAAACUUCUCUGCGAAGCCUCAGGAAUACUCAGCCCAACAAACACAACCUUCAGUGCUCACAUUGUUUGACGAUCUUGUUAGUGACGAUGAGGACGGGAUGCUUCCGCCAGGUAUGUCGCCUCCCAAAACUAUCCAGUUUACACCUGUGAACUCAAACAAGUAUCAAACGCAUACCGAGAAAGACAUGUUAAAAGAAAUCGAAAGCAAUUCUUUUGAGAAUGUUUCUCUGAGUGAAUUUGGUGCUUCAAAAAAUGAUCCUUUAAAGGAAGAGAGUUGGGAGUUGUAG